UAAAUUGUCUGGCCGUAUUUUUGUUCCUGUGUCAACGAAUGUAGGAUAAUACGGGCCGUAGGCGAGCGGAUAAUUUCCUUCUAAAUAUUUUCGCAAAAAUAUAAAAAAGGGAGUGUACAUCUAUAUUAUUUAUUAUAUCUGUCACUUUAAGAAUAAAUCAAUUUUAAAGAGAAUACCAAGCUAAUUAUUCAGCGCUGCUUUUGCACAUCGGCGUUCCGGUUUACUUAGUAUCCUGGUAGCUAGUUAGCUAGCUACUUGCUAGUCCUGACACACGGAUCGCGCGGCUGGUUUAUCAGUUCGGAUUAAGCCGGUCCCCCAUUUGGGUUAGUUACUUGGUUCGCCGUCACGCCAGCUGCUCCGGCGCUGUUUUCCAGUGACGCUGUCCGUCACCCCGAUAGCUAACCCCGGCGCCUCCGCCGUCCUGCGUGCGGUGAAUUUGGACACCUGCUGUAACUCGGAUUCACUCCCCAUCCGGAGACAUGAACUCAAAUGUGGAGAACUUGCCCCCUCGGGUACUGCGCCUAGUGUACAAGGAGGUCACUGCCCUUGCUGCUGACCCUCCCGAGGGUAUCAAGAUCUAUCCUAGUGAAGAAGACAUCACAGAGCUGCACACGGCUAUUGAGGGUCCAGAAGGAACGCCGUUUGCCGGAGGGGUGUUCCGGAUGCGCCUGGUGCUUGGGAAGGAUUUUCCGGCCGCACCACCCAAGGGAUACUUCUUGACCAAGAUUUUUCAUCCCAACGUGGGUCACAAAGGCGAGAUCUGUGUCAACGUCCUGAAGAGGGACUGGAGGGCAGAGCUUGGUCUCAGACAUGUUUUACUCACCAUUAAGUGCCUGCUAAUCCACCCCAAUCCCGAGUCAGCCCUCAACGAAGAAGCUGGCCGCUUGCUCCUGGAGGACUAUGCGGAAUAUGCGUCUCGUGCCAGACUCCUCACCGAAAUCCACGCCAUGGGGGUGCCAGGAGGGACCUCGGGUGGGCCCCAGGAACCUGGCGAAGGGCCCCAACCCAAAAAACAUGCAGGAGACCCCAAUAAACGGGUGGUGGUGAUGGGGCCUGUCCCAGCGGGGGCCAGCAGCAAUGGAGGAGGCGGGGGUGGGAGUGGUAGCAGUAGCAAUCCUAAUGCUAACGCUGUUGGAAAGAAGAAGACAGAUAAAAAGAGAGCUUUGAGGCGGCUCUAAUGUGAACCUGAAGUGUGUGAGCGUGCGUGCGCGUGUGUGUGUCCAUGUAUGUGCGUGUGCGAGUGAAACAAGUAUAUAUGCAGCUGUGACCGGGAUAUUUGCUUUCAAGCUAUCAACUAUUACUCCGCCCCCUUUCCUGUGAUUUUUCUUACAGAGUAUAUUGUUUAUUAUCCCUUCCUCCUCCCCACUGAAUUAUUCUGUUACUCUCAGGAUCUUUUGAAUCGUGCCAUUGUGUUGUGUAAAUGCAGUCCUAUAGAUGAUGCAUAACGUGCGUGCAGAAUGCAAUAACAAGUCCUGAUCCUGUUAAAUGCAUCCAGUGCUGUUGUCAUCUAAAGGUAGCGUCCUGUCCAGUUUGCAUUUGUGUAUAUCAGAAGGUAAACAGCAAAUUGCUCUGUCCCACUCCUCCCAAGUGCUCUUACACUCUCAGCAGGAGUGUGAUGUAAUGUUCAGCCAUUUUUCUUGUCGAAAAUGGAAUUGACUGGUGUUUCUAUCAUGCGUCAUCUGAAAUCUGUCAAAUUACUUUGAGAUUGGAUGGUGUCAGGCUGCGGCUUACAUUUGGAGAUGGGGGGGGGGGGGGGGGUGCAAAUCAAGUUCCAGGUUCGUGCACUUAUGAGUAAAUGAACAGUGGGAAGACAAAUGGGGUAGCUUAAUUUUAGAUAAACUUACACAUGACUCCAGAUGCACUAGUAAUUGGGAUAUUGGUCAGUCAGAUUGUCCAGUUAUACAUAAAUUCAUUUUAGCAUGAGGUUGUCAUUGUAGGUCAGUUUAGAACUGAUUCGCAAAAGUAUGUUGUGAGUAACUUAAAAGGUGAGAGUGGCACAUUUUGGUCAGAGUGUUAUUGUACAAUUUUUUUUUUCUAGUUUUGUAAUUUUUGUUCAUAGGAAUUUAAUUGUAAUGCCCUUUCUUUCAAAAGGGAUUUUAAAGAGACUGAGCAGCGGCUGAACUUUACUUUGCCAUGUAUGUGAUCUUGGAAGCAGUGUAAAUGCAGACCACUGGUAAACAGCCAUUAAGUUUUGUAAUACACAAAAGUUAGACUGACUAUCUGCUAGCAGUAGUAGGUUUGCCCAUUUUUUACAUUCAAGCACAGUGAAGCAUUUUGUCCUUAAUGACUAGAAUUUCGGUGUCGUUUGGACUUGCGCAUAUAUCUUUGUGACGAUCUUAUUUAUGCUCCUCCGCUUCUCCUGUGGUAUCUAUCCCACAUCACAUUCAAAUCAGUUUCAUGAUAGGUUUGGGUUAAGUCUUACACACUUAGCCGUGGCUUUGAAUACGUUUCACUUUGCUAUGAAACCUUGUUGGUCCAGAUUUUUUCAAAGAUAGUUUUAAUUCAGAGAGAUUAUGUGAAAAAUUGUGGGUUGAGAUUUGAGGUUGUGGAAUUUCCCCCCUUUUGUCUUUGUUAUUUAAAUUAACAAUAAAAAUGCCAAAAAUGA